AUGGCCGAUGGAGCAGUGAUGAAGAGAAGCCGGCAUUCGGGUCGCAUGGAAGCGGCCAGUCCACUCUCCAAAUUCGAACCGGAUGUCGCCUGGUGCCCGGCCGGGAGCAUGAGAGGGGGAAUCAAGCCACUGGGCUGCAUUGAUGCUUCGAUGGCGGUGACUGGUUCUUGGAAGGGACUCGAUUUCAUUUCGGCUGUUGACAGAACCAAUCGCGUCAUACAGAGAGGGAAGAGAGAGGCCAUGCGCAUGGCUGGGAACAAGGAUGCUGGGAGCCCCUCGUCUGGCUGUCUGGUUGUGGUCGAUGCAGUGCCUGUGCGAGAGCUCAGUGCGUCGAUCGAUGCUGGAAUCUGUACGGGGGAGCGCCUGGAAUACCCACUUCAUCAUCCGUCUCUCGCGCCGUCCAACGGCAACGUGCCGGCCACCACCGCCAUCAAGUCUGCGACUCUGACAAGGAACAGACUCUCGUGUCUUUAUUUUGGUCUUGUCUGGGAAAGUCGCAUUCAAGCAUACUUUCUCUCUCAAGUCGAAAGACCAUUACUCACCCAAGCGCCGCCGGGACCAUCCGUGUCCCCGCGAAAGCCAUUCCCGCCCAAAAUGGCGAGCACGCCGCCAGCUUCGCCUAUCCAUCAGCGGCCCUCGUCCACCAUCUUCAAGCCUUCGAGGAGCAGCAGCAGACUGAGCAUGAGCAGCAAGACGGGUUUUGGCAGCCGCGCCUCGGAUGAGGACGCACGCACUGCUGUCCGCGUCGCUGUCCGCAUCCGACCGCCUCUGCAGCCCUCAGAUCCUGGCUACGACUUGAUACCCCAACGCUUCCAGCGCUCCAUGGUCCAGACCUCUUCAGAUACAAAUCUCUCCAUAGAAUCACCCCAAGGGCGCAAGCUCUUCGUCUUUGACCGUGUCUUUGCGCCCGACGUCGAGCAGCAAGGUAUCUGGGACUAUCUCGCCGACUCGGUCAACUCCUUUGCCCAGGGCUACAAUGUGUCGCUCUUGGCCUAUGGUCAGUCGGGCGCCGGCAAAUCAUACACAAUGGGUACAUCUGGCCCGCUAGAUCAGCAAGACGACAAGAUGAUGGGCGUCAUUCCUCGCGCCGCAACUGCCCUCUUCGCAAAGCUAGAUUCGUUAUACGGCAAAAAUGACGCCUCAAUAGGCUCCAUCCGUGGGAGCCAAUUCCUCACCCAGAUCAAGAACCCCCGUGAUUAUGCCCAGCAAAAUCCCCUCGGCGACCGUCACUGGUCCCUCAAAGCCACCUACGUAGAAAUUUACAACGAACAACUUCGAGAUCUCCUCACUCCCGACACAACUCCUCUCGGCGAACGCACCAAUGUCGCUAUCCGCGAAGACACAAAGGGCAACAUCCUAGUCACCGGUCUCCACCAGGUCCAGAUUGAGUCCGCCGAAGACCUCAUGAACGCCCUUGCCUUGGGCUCGACCAUUCGCCAAACUGACGCCACCGCUAUCAAUGCCAAAUCCUCUCGCUCCCAUGCCGUCUUCUCACUCAAUCUCGUCCAGAGACGCAGCAAGACCCAGACCAGCGCCGCCGAGAAGCGCUUCUCCGUCCCCAUCGAGGCCAUGACGGGACAGGAAGUUUCCAUCACCACAGACAGCAAACUGCACUUUGUCGAUCUUGCCGGCAGCGAAAGAUUGAAAAACACUGGUGCGCAGGGUGACAGAGCCAAGGAAGGAAUAUCCAUCAACGCCGGUCUAGCCUCACUGGGAAAAGUGAUCAGCCAGCUGUCAUCCCGUCAAAGCGGCUCACACGUGUCAUAUCGCGAUUCCAAGCUCACGCGUCUGCUUCAAGACUCGCUUGGUGGCAAUGCCAUCACGUACAUGAUUGCUUGUGUCACCCCAGCUGAAUUCCAUUUGAGUGAAACCCUCAAUACCGUUCAGUACGCCCAGCGCGCCCGCGCUAUUCAGUCCAAGCCUCGCAUUCAGCAAGUCGAAGAGGGUGACAGGCAAGCCGUCAUCGAUCGCCUCAAGGCCGAAGUCACUUUCCUUCGCGAACAGAUUCGCAACUCUCAAAAUGGCGACUCGGGUUCCAAGAGCUCAGGCGCUGGCCUCACCGAGCGCUCGGAGCGCGACAAGGAGCGCGAAGCUGAAAUGCAGAAUCAGAUUCUUGACAUGCAGGAAAACUAUAACGCUCUCGGCCAACGCCAUGCUCGCCUCAUUGCUGAGAUGGCCCGAGCCGGCGAUAAGGAGUCUGCGCUCAGAGAUGCCUCAGACUCGUCACAAGUUAACAGCGCGACCGACAGACUGAAUCGCUCCAAUACUUUUGCCCAGGCUGUCGAGCAGGUCGUUCUCGAGUACGAGAAGACGAUUGAGUCGCUCGAGCAGUCACUCUCCAGUACUCGAAGCACCCUUUCCGCAACCGAAACGUCCCUGCUCGAGAGAGAGACAAAGCUGGCUUACAUCGAUACCAUCAACACACAGCUUCAGUCCCGGGUCCAAAAACUCAUGGAUCGUGAAGCCAACACGGAGUCUUAUCUUCACGAUCUGGAAUCUAAACUCGACGGCCACAGCACAGGCGACGAAAGAAAUGCUUCCGUCAUAAUUGACCUGCGCAAGGAAAUCUCCCGUGCCCGCGAGAACGAGGCAUCGUGCGAAGACUACAUUUCCACUCUGGAGGAGCGCCUUGCCGAGGCUGACCAGGACGGCGAGCUUAUGCAACGCGAGAUUGAUCGCCUUGAACAAAUCAUCGAGCGCCAGCGCAGUCUGGGCAAGCUUGAUUCUCUACUCUAUGAGCUCGAUCAUGUCGAAGAGAUGAAGCAGCCCGAAAACGGUACCCACGAGCAUGCACGUCGCGGGUCUGCUGAUCACUCUCGCAAACUCUCCCACAUUCGCACUCAGAGUCAGAUUAACGAGACAAUUCACGAGGACGACGAGGAUUCCGAUGCCGACACUGCUAAUUCUCACGCCAGUACCGUUAGAGAAGACAUUGACGAGGACUCCCUUGACCACGUAAGCCGCGCAUUCAAGACAACCAAAGCUUCUGACGGCGAUGCUCUUGUCAAGGUCACCCAAAGCCCGGCGCAAACCAAGUACGUGUCAGAUAAACUAGAGGAUGUCACACAGGAGCUGGUGGGCCUCCGUGUUGAGCACGAAACUACUGUCAAUGACUACGACGCCCUUCAAGCCAAGUACGAAGCAGCAAUGCAUAAAAUUGCUUCCCUUCAAGAUGUCGUUGAUGAAUCCCGCCACGUUCACAGCACCGCCCGCGACUCCAUUAUCUCAGAAGUCUCGUCUAGUCAACGACCUGAUUCCUUCCGCUCCUCUGUUGAGUCUCAGCUGGUCAAGGAGGGAGCUCGCUCUUCCGCAUCCCGCUCCCUGUCGUCCGAGCUUUCCUCUGCCAUGGAGUCUGCCGACACUGCGAAUACCUCGGCCCAUGAAGACAUGGUCGAGGAUGACGACACCUCUACCACUAAGCCUGACGCUUCUAGCGACGACGUGACGCACAGUGAACUGACUGCUGAAUUAACCCAAGAGCUGGAACGUCUCAAGCAACUUGCCGACGAUAGAGAAGAGGCUGCCAAGGAGCUCGCCUCCAAAUAUGCCCAGCUCCAGUCUACCCACAGUGACACUCUGGACGCUGUCGAGGAACUCAAGACCAAUCUGUUCAAGGCACGCGCCGUCGAGGCUACCUCGCCACGUACCUCGAGCCCAGUCAUCCGUCGCAAAUCCAGCCAGAACCUCCUCAUCAUAGACAGAGCUCAUCGCUCCUUUGCCUCUCUGCGUAAUAUCGCCAGCGAAAACUUUGAGACCCGUCCAGAAGUUAUGCAGAAUUUCGAGCUCAACCUGAACGCCGCCAUGCACGAACUUCAUACCCGCAGCGAGCGCAUCCAGGAGCUCGAGGCUUCCGUCGCGUCAACAAAGAAGGAAAUGGAGACUAAGAUGACCAUCAUCUCUGGCCUGACUCGUGAGCGCACUAGUUUGAAGGCCAGCCCCAUGGACAUGUCCAUGGUUGCGGCUCUGCGACAGAAGCUUGAGCAAAACGAGAAGCAGCUGGCUGGGAUGGGCGAAAUGCACAAGCAACGCGAACAGUCUCUGCUUGCCGAGUUGGAGCAGCUGCGCGUCCAAUACCAGCAAAGCGACGCAAAGAGCAGAGGCGGCGCUGAUACCUCUGCCUUGGACAAGGACAAGCACAUCAGCUCUCUGCAAUCUGAGCUUUCUGCCUGGGAAACCAAGCAUAACACGGCUCUUGCUGCUAUGCAAGCCGCUGAGACGGAUCUCCACAACACCGUCCGGGGUCUCGAGACCGAACUUGCCACCGCGACCACGAACUUGCAAAAGGUCAAGGCUGCCUCGUCAGCCGAUUUCGACACCAUUGCUAGCAACGAGCGCAAGCACCAAGAUCUCGUCGACUUUUUGCGCAGUGAAAUCGAUGAGUAUAAGAAGCUCAUUUACGCUCACUCUGCCAAGGUUACCGAGCUCGAAAGGGCACAUGUUGCCACCACGUCUCAGCUGGAAGAGAUGUCGACAUCGCACGCGUCCAAGGUCAAGGAGCAUGAGGAACUAGUAGCCCAGCUGCAAGCACAAAUUGUCAGCUUUGAGGACACCUCGAAGUCGCACAAGGAGGCUCUCGACGAGCUGUCGGCGACACAUGCCAAGGCGCUCACCGAGGUGAAGACUCAGGAACAAAAGGGCUAUGAGGCGCAGAUGGCGGUCCUCCUGGCGGAGCACCACGAAUCAAACCGUAAGCUCGAGGCCGAGGUCAACGACGCUCGCGAUGACUUGAUGAAGGUCGCUACGCAAGUAGCCGCUGCUCUUGGGCUGGAGGUCAGUAUCGAGAAGCUUACUGAGCGCAUCGAUGGCCUGGUGAAUGACCGGAAGCUGCUCGAAACAGAGCAGAGCAAGUCUGGCGAGAUGCAGAAACAUAUCGCAGAGCUCACGACUGUUAAUGAGACCAUCAUGCGUGACUUGGAGGAAGUCAAGGGCAAACUUGCUGAGCUUCUGGCAGGACCUGCUGUGGAGACCGAGGCCGCCGCGGAACCCGUAUCUGUGAAGGAUGUGAAGGAACAGAUUAUUGCCGUCAAGAGCAAGAUGGAUGAUCUGGAGUCGAAGAACAAGAAACACAGCCGCUUGGUCGAGGAGCUGGAGGAGCAGCUGCAAAAUAACUUUGAUGAGGCGCAGAUGACGAACAAGCGCCUCAGCUCUAUGCAGACGGAACGCGCAGCGCAGCUGGACGAGGUCAAUGCCGCCCGCACCAAGCUCCAGACGGAACUGGACACGCUACGAAUCGAGUACAAUUCGCUACAGGCCAAGCUGGGCGAAGGCGAUGCCAACGGCGAAGUGCGACGCUCCAACUCGGGUUCCACAAUCCGCAAGGCUGCCUCUCACAAUUCCCUGCCUUCGCCGCCUCCUGCGAUUCCGCUUCCACCGCUGCCUGGCUCUGCAACGUCGUCGGUCAACGGUGCACCUGCAUCGCCGCCAAGCCGCCCUCUGAGCAAGGACAACAUGAAUAUUUCGCAGAUUACCGAGGACCAGGAAGCUCGCAUCCGCACCAUCGAGAAGCACCUGUAUGCGGAGCGCCAGCUUACGCAGACUCUGGAAGAGGCUCUCAGCGAUCUUGAAAAACAGUCUAAGAAGGUCAAGACGGACUGCGAUGCGUGGAGAAAGCGGGCUUCGGAUCUUGAGUUAGAGGUCAAGGACCUGAAAGAACGGCCGACAGAACCGGCGCAGGACAACCGAUGGAGCAUGCAGGUGGUGGAAGAAGAGCGCAAAAAGCGACAGGCGGCGGAGCUGGCUAGAAAGCAGCUCGAAGAGAGGAUGAAUGCCAUUAAGAGGGUAUUUCGGCGCGAGCCCGGCACGUCGCCCAAGACGGUGGCCGACACGCCGGCCGAGGAAGAGCAGACGGUCAUGUCCUAG